AUGAAGUUCUUAUCAGCGGCUAAUCUGUUGGUCCUUACGGCUCCUCUUGCAAAUGCGGCCGCAUUCUCUCUCUUCGAUCCUACACAGACUUCAUUGAAAACGAAUGACAACGAGAAAUUCCCAGUCGAGGGCGACAACCCAUUGCAGUACUGUGCCAAGCCAGACAGCUACAAACUGGAGAUCGAGUCGGUGGACUUGACACCGAACCCGCCUCUACCUGGGCAAAAGUUGACUAUCGCCGCUAAGGGUACCCUGCUCGAGACAAUCGAGAAAGGUGCUACUGUAAAUCUGGAAGUGAAGUGGGGUCUCAUCACCUUGAUCAAGCAGACUGUUGAUCUUUGCGAUGAGCUGAAGAACGUGGACCUAGAGUGCCCCCUCGAGAAGGGCCACAUGACCCUGACAAAGGAGGUGGAACUGCCAAAGCAGAUCCCGCCGGGCAAAUACUCCGUGCUCGCUGAUGUGUACAAUCAGGAACAGAAGCAGGUCACUUGCCUCAAGGCAGAUGACAUCGUCUUCCACUUCUAA